AUGGGUACCGCUGAUUAUGUGUACCCUUCAACAAAUGUGGAGCGUGAGUCUCGUCACCGAGUUGCAAUCCCUCCACCACAACCCUUUGUCAAAACCCUGAAAAACUCUCUCAAAGAGACCUUCUUCCCCGAUGACCCUUUGAGGCAGUUCAAGAACCAGCCGGCUUCAAGAAAACUUGUUCUUGGCCUUCAAUACUUCUUUCCAAUAUUUGAAUGGGGGCCUCGCUACACGCUUGACUUCUUGAAAUCCGAUCUCAUCUCCGGCAUCACCAUCGCCAGCCUCUCAAUCCCUCAGGGGAUUAGCUAUGCCAAGCUUGCAAACUUGCCACCAAUUCUUGGCCUGUAUUCAAGCUUUAUUCCACCAUUGGUUUAUGCCAUGAUGGGGAGCUCAAGAGAUUUGGCUGUGGGGACAGUGGCUGUGGCUUCACUUCUCAUAGCUUCAAUGCUGGGGGCUGAGGUCAAUGCUAUGGAGAACCCUACCCUUUAUCUUCACCUGGCUUUCACAGCAACCUUCUUCGCUGGAGUUUUCCAAGCUUCCUUGGGCUUCUUGAGGCUGGGUUUUAUCGUGGAUUUUCUAUCACAUGCAACGAUAGUAGGGUUCAUGGCAGGGGCAGCCACGGUGGUGUGCCUGCAGCAGCUAAAAGGGAUUCUUGGGCUUGACCAUUUCACCAAUGCCACAGACGUUGUGUCAGUUAUGCGUUCUGUCUUCAGCCAAACACAUGAGUGGAGAUGGGAAAGCGGAGUUUUGGGAUGCGUAUUUCUCUUAUUUCUCCUCGUCACCAGAUACUUUAGCAAGAAAAAACCCAGGUUCUUUUGGAUAUCAGCCAUGGCACCUCUCACGUCAGUCAUAUUGGGAAGCGUUCUGGUUUAUCUCACCCAUGCUGAGAAACAUGGCGUUCAAGUGAUAGGAAAGCUGAAGAAGGGGCUUAAUCCAAUGUCCUUUGGAGACCUCGUGUUUGUGUCUCCUUAUCUGACAACAGCUUUCAAAACUGGCGUCAUCACUGGAAUCGUAGCUCUCGCCGAAGGAAUAGCCGUAGGUAGAAGCUUUUCCAUGUUCAAGAAUUACCACAUUGAUGGGAACAAAGAAAUGAUUGCCAUUGGGAUGAUGAACAUUGCUGGUUCUUGCACUUCUUGCUACCUCACCACAGGGCCGUUUUCCAGAUCAGCAGUUAACUUCAAUGCAGGAUGCAAGACGGCAAUGUCAAACGUUGUUAUGGCAAUUGCGGUUAUGUUCACAUUGUUGUUCCUCACUCCUCUGUUCCAUUACACUCCCCUGGUUGUGUUGUCUGCUAUUAUAAUAUCCGCCAUGCUCGGCAUCAUAGACUAUGAAGCCGCAAUUCACCUCUGGAAGGUUGACAAGUUUGACUUUGUUAUCUGCAUGAGUGCCUAUAUCGGCGUCGUUUUUGGCAGCGUUGAAAUUGGACUAGUCUUAGCGGUUGCAAUAUCUGUGAUCAGGGUGCUUUUGUUUGUGGCAAGGCCAAGAACUUUUGUUCAAGGAAACCUUUCGAAUUCCAUGGUUUACAGAAAUGUUGAGCAGUAUCCCAAUGCAAGCAAUGUUCCUGGAAUUCUCAUACUUGAGAUUGAUGCUCCCGUUUACUUUGCAAAUACCAACUACUUAAGAGAAAGGAUUACAAGGUGGAUAAAUGAUGAGGAAGAUAGGAUCAAAUCUGCAGGGGAAAGUAGCUUACAAUAUGUGAUAUUGGAUAUGACUGCUGUUGGUAACAUAGACACAAGUGGGAUAAGCAUGUUUGAAGAGGUCAAAAAGCUUGCUGACAGAAGGGGGCUCCAGCUUGUACUGGCGAACCCGGGAAGCGAGGUGAUGAAGAAGAUGAACAAGUCAGAGUUGCUUGAGAACAUAGGUCAAGAAUGGAUUUAUCUCACAGUUGCAGACGCUGUUGCAGCAUGCAACUUCAUGCUUCACUCCACCAAGCCCAACCCCAGCAAAGAUCAAGAACCAGCUGCAUGGAACAACGUUUGA